AUGUUCUCCCCGCGCGCUGCCCCUCUUCUGGAUCAACUCAAACUCUCCCACGUCCUCAGUGGCGAUACCUGCCCCCCAAUCUCUUUUGCAGACUUUGCCGCCUUUGUCAUCAACAAGGACUUUUCCACUGAGAGUCUGUUGUUCGUACUGUGGCUUCAGGACUAUCGGAAGAGAUGGGAAAGAUUGAAGGAGGAGCAAAAAGUAUGUGUGCCUCUGCCGAGUCUCAGUCUAGUGCAUCGCGCGCAUCCUUUUGACUAUCUCGCGUCAAGAGCAGAUCCGGCUUCUGCGACGAAGGAAGGCAAGGCCCAUUUGGAAGAUGCUGGACGGCGACCUCCAGCUGGGCAUUGCGCGCCGUCCAUCGUCUCCACAGUAGAAUCGCAUGAGGGCAAUGAGAGUAUCGUUCUCUGCGAACCUGCCACUCCUUCAAAACUAUCGGCGAUGCUGCCCCGUUUCGCCCGGCGAAGCUCUCUCCAGCCCACCUCUCUGCCUCAUAUGCAAGUCAGCGAGUCGCCACAUCCGGUUCUGCCUCCUGCCGGAACCGUGUUCUUGCCUGUUGAAGAACAGGCCUUGUUCCUACAUGCCCAACGAGGGUUUGAAACGUUCCUCAAAAAGGGCGCGCCGCACGAGUUGUUCGUCAGUGAUGAGCUGCGAGAGUUUGUCAAGGCGUGUCUGCAGCAUAGUACUGCACCAGAUCUGUUUCAACCGAUUUAUGAUGAAAUGUACUUUACGCUGGAACAACAAUGCCUGCCGCGCUUCCUGCUAGCGGCUAAAAGCAACAUCAAUCGUCCUAAGCAGCUCUUCUGGUACUCUGUUGGUGCCGUCGACUUCACCAUCGGCCUUAUCACCUUUCUCCUUCUGACCCUCCUCCUCCCCGCUCACCCCUUCUCACUCCGAGCCUACCGCCUAUUUUCCACCAUCUUCAUCUCUUUCGGUGCCAUGCAAGCAUACUCGGCUUAUCGCGGAUUCUGUUCGCAGGUCUGGAAGAGAUCGCAUAGGCAGGUAUGGCCUUGGGAGGGCGGCGAAUCGAGGCUGGGGGACGAGGAGGUAGGUCUGAGAGGCAAGGAUAUGGCUAUGGCACAGAUGGACGUGGUCAACACGGGAGAAGAAAACUCGUUCAUUCUCAGCGGUAUACAUCCGCUCUCCAAUGCCGGGGCUCUGGAAGGGUUCGAAACGCCUUCUCGAUCCUUUCAGGACUCUGCCGGGUCGUCAAAAAUCUCACUCAACCUCCCCACCGUGCCUACCCUCACAGUCAACAACACAACGAGCUCGCUCUCGAUCAGUCCGUCCGAUGUGUAUAAGACCAAGCAGCCGAGUGAUCAUAACGGGAAGAUGGGACAAGACGAGGCUAGGCAGAUCUCGCCUUUUGCUUUCGAUGAACCCGAUAUCUGGGGAGUCGGGCCUUCUCGUCAGGGGCCGCCGAAGAACACACUGUCUUUACCCCCCCACGGCACUCCUGUCUCUGGGUCUGGCGAGCGUGGUCCAGCCGAACGCGCAUCGCGCAACAUCCGUCAAAUCCUCUCUUGCCUCUCUCAACGUCGCCCAUCCCACGAAGAUCAUCGGCUUCCGGGACAAGGGAGCUGCCAGAAACGGUGUCGUCGAGAGAGCUACCAAGUGUCGAUCUUCGGUCCGGAGAAACUGGUGGAAGACCCAAGGAUCAAGAAGGUGUAUAGCAAUAUCAGGCGGGAUAUUUUCAUUGUGGGGGGCAUCGUUUCGGUAAUUUGGGUGGCCUUGUGUUUAUCUGUGCCCUGCGCCGGGCUAUUGUGA